AUGAGAUUGAAAUCGACAGUUUUCAUCGCCUUGUACCAAUUUAUAUCAUAUGCGUUCGCUUACUCGAUCUCUGAAGGGUUUGUAAAAAUCAAUUCUGAUGUUGUACAUUUUGGAGAAAUCGAGACUCAAGAACUCAAGCAGCUACCAAUUUUGUCACAUAAAGAUAAAAUCGAAAUAGAGUUUGUUUUGAAAGAACAGGUUACUGAAGCACCACAUCAAGUUGUCGUAACAUUGGGAAAUGGGAAAGGAUUGGAUGCCUCAUACGUGCCUUCCUUUCUGCUGAAGGAAAACAAAUUAUCUUUGGUGAUAGCAGCUAGUAAGAUUCCAGAGGUAUUGAAAAUUAAAGAUACAUUAUUUCUCAAUUUAAUAAUUGGCGAUUCAACUUCAAGUCCUAACUUGUACAAGUUCCUUACAGAGAUACGUCCUUCUGAAGAAUUUCAAUCCACCAGUAAAUACGAAUUUGAAUCACAAUUUGGAUUGAAACCCGAGAUUCAUCAUGAAUUCAAGAAAGAAACCGAAACUGUGAACCCUUUGGUUCCUGCAUUUUUCAUUUGGGGAGCACUUUUAUUAUUCAUAGGUUUGUUUGCAAGUUGGAUCAUCUUUGUUGGUAUCAAUAUAUUUGCAAAUUUCAAGUCUUUUUCUACAACCCAAAUCAUUUACAAUGCUAGUUUCAUACUCACUCUAGUUGGGUUUGAACUAAUUGUCAUAAAGUAUUACUUGUACGAGUCAAUUUUUAAAACUUUAUUUCAUGGUUCUAUUCUCGUUAUUCCAGCUAUUUACUUCGGCUCGAGAGUAUUAAGAAAUUUGUAUGCCCUUCGCAAAAUAGGAAAGGCUUAA